AUGGAGUGGACUGGUGGGCGACGUGGCUCGAGUGGUGCCGUGACGGUCUACCUGAACGUGUACGACCUGGUGCCCAACAACUGGGGACACUCCUUCGGCCUCGGCCUCUACCACACAGGGGUGGAGAUCAUGGGCCAGGAGUUCUCGUUCUACGGGGGCGAGCAGGGCGCCGGCGGCGGCGGCAUCAUCGCCACCGUGCCGCGCACCGUGCCCCCGCCGGCCAAGUACCGGGAGUCGAUCGAGAUGGGCCAGAUCCGCCUUUCGUCCUCCGAGCUCCGCGCGGUCAUCAACAACCUCGCCAAGGAGUUCACGAACGACAAUUACCACAUGACGGGCAAGAACUGCAACAGCUUCUCCGAUGCCCUCUGCGUGGCCCUGCUUGACAAGCACAUUCCCGGGUGGAUCAACCGGGCAGCCACCCUGGCCGGUCCCCUCGUGGGCGGCUGGCUCGGACCCACGACCCCCGCAGCUCCAGUCCCGCCCGCCCCCAAGGCGUUCGACGGACAGGGCUACACGCUCUCGGGCUCGUCGACCACCGCGACCACGCCCGCACCGCCCCCGAAGGAGGCCUCGGCCAUCACCUACACCAUCAAGCCGGUGACGGCCCUGCAGUUCCGUCUGCACGACGGCAGCCGAGCCCAGGCCAGCUUCAACCACUCGCACACGGUCGGCGACGUCAGACAGUACAUCGACAACAUCACAAGUGUGCGAGCCUACGAUCUGUGCACCUCCUUCCCCAAGACCGUGCUGGCCGACCCAGGGCAAACCCUCGCCGAGGCGGGCCUGCUCAACGCGGUCAUCAUCCAGCAGCUCAACUGA